AUGAAGCUCAACAUCCCCCCAACUCUUCUUCUCUCCUUCUCCGUUCUGUCGGCCCUGGCUCUCGCUUCGCCGGUCCAGAAGGUUGACGCUGCUGGACUUCAAGCACGCACUGCAUCAACCCUUGAAGUCCGCAACCUCGGAAAGCUUCCCCUCAUCAAGAAAACUGGCUUUCAGGAGCCUUGUGAUGAGUUCGGUGUUCCUCUUGGUGGGAAGAAGGAUGACAAGAAAGACGAUGACAAAGAGGAUGACGAUAAAAAGGAGGAUGGCAAGGAGGACCAGCACAAGGGUGUAGCUGGGCACGGCGGGUUCAACGCUCAGUUCGAGUUCCACGGCGAGGGCAAGGCUCAAGGUCAGUUUGGUGGUAAGGGUCAGGACGAUGACAAGGGAGAGGAGAAGAAGGACGAUGAUAAGAAGGACGAUAAGAAGGAUGAUUCCAAGGAUGACAAGAAGGACAAGGACGAGGGGGAGCAUGGAGGUGAGCAUGACGAGGGGUAUGGCAAGGAGCAUGACGAGAAGCACUACGAUGAGGAGUAUGAUGAGAAACACUAUGAUGAGACUCAUCAGGAAAAGCAUUACGAUGAGGCGCAUGACAAGGAACAUGGUACAAAUCACGAUGAGGGGUAUGGCCAGGGGCACGAUGGCUAUGGGCAGGGACACCAUGGAAAGGACGACGGCAAGGAUGAGGGAAAGGAUGAUGGCAAGGACGACAAAGAUGAUGGCAAGGGACAUGGAGGACUCGGUCUCGGAGGCAUUGGCAAGGGAAAAGAUGACGACUGCUGA